GGUUCAGGAAAGACAACGUGGGUCAACAAGCAAGUGAGUGAUAAUCCAGACAAGAAGUACAAUGUCCUUGGUACCAACUCAAUCCUGGAAAAGAUGAAGGUACUGUAUGUUGGGACAAUUAUUUUAGACAGAACAAUUUUAGACUGAACAUCAGUUUUAGACGGAACAUCAGAAAGAAAGGCUUGACUUCUUUUAUUGAGGGCACAUGCACCAAUUUAUUGUAACUUAUGUAUCACUCAACCAUGUUUGCAAUGGAAUUUUAUCACUUUUCAACUAAAUAACUAUAAAUUCGUGAAUAUUUUGAAUAUCAGUUCUUCUUAUGCGACAUUAAAUUUUUCUCGAAUAGAUUUUCAUUGUGAACCCUCUCUGUUUUUAAAAUGAUUAUAAAUUUUAAAAUAGAUUUUUAUCAGUUGUAGCAUCCUUGUUUUAAUUAAUCAAUCAAUUUUUUUUUAUUUUGUAUUAAUUGGAAUGUUCUUUUAGUGUCCACAAUUAACUAAUACAUAGCUAAAUACUCUGAAACUUAAAGAAAGUUCAUUGUUAACAUGAAGCUGUUAACAUGAGAAUGGCCUUUCUUCUCAGUGCUUCCAUGUGUACGUAAACAACUGUUUUGGGCUUUUUCAGAACAAUUGACUGAAUUCUUAGAGAAUCAAGUGGUUCAUUAUUUAUAUUUGACAAUGAAAUAGAACAUUCAGAAAAAAAUUCCAGUCAAUGUUACUCUGAACAGAAGAUUAAUUGUAGGAAAAAGGAAAUUGUUCAGAUUUUUAGAAGGUUUGUCAAUUAUUUUGAAGGUUAAAUAACAGUGUUUGAUCGGCAAAGGAAAGUCAGUCGUGUUCCAGUUAUGAGUAGUAUCAUGAAACCAAGGCUUUGAUACAUGUAAAUCAAGAUUCUGCCGUGAUUGUAUUGUAUUGUAUUUACCGCCUUUGUUUUUAGAUCCUGGGAGUGGCUAGGAAGAGAGAUGUAGGUGGAUAUAGUAAGCUGAUGGACAAGGCUGCAAAAUGCUUACACCGAUUAUUUGAACUUGCUCCCACUAAGAAGAGAAACUACAUUCUGGACCAGGUAAAAUAUAUUUAUUCACUGUGUAUUCCUCAUUUAUUUUGUCAGUAACUUAUAAUGUGUAUCAGGUAAAUAGCAACUCACAGACUCACCUUGCUUAGAAUAAUGCUAAAGCUGUCAUUAAGGGCUGAGGGCCGGGGAUUUCCUCUGGCUACUAUGAAGUUGGCCUGAGCUACUUUCAUUAAGAAGAUGAAACAAAGAUAGAACCAAAGGACAUACCUAUCUUAUCCUGGAAAUGCCAAAACCUUCUUGUUGUAUUUACCCAGAGACUUAAAAUCUUAGUGGCAGCCCUGAUGCAACUUUUUAAGUAUAACAUUUUGAUGCAAGUCUUGAAACACAAUAAAUUUUCAUUGUACUCUCUACACUGUAUUUUUCAUUAACACGCAGUCAUGUACAGUAGUAUAGCAUCUCUGAAAACGUCAUUUUCCUCAAAAUGACAACUUUUUAUUCCUUUUUGAUGGUGAUUACUGUUUUUCAACCUUAAAAGUGAUGUCAUAGAAAUAUUGGAAUUAAAUAUUGAAGCUGUUUUAUUAACCCAUUCGCUCCUGGAGAUUUUGGUGAAAAACGCGUUUUGAAGCUAGUCGAGUGGUUUUCUGGUCACUGUCGUGCUAUAUUAAGAGCUAAAACUUACCACAAACCGGUUUACAGGUCGUACACUUGGCGGCCUUCUGAUCCAGAUGCAAAAUGUCAGCUUGCGAAGUUCGGGCAUGCGCAGAAAGCAAAAUUUCGACAUAGUUUUUGGGUUUAAAAGUGACACAGCAGUCUUGACUUUUACUUUUCGCUUUCUCUCCUCCCUUCUUUUUUCGCUUUUCUUGCCUCAUUUUUUUUUUCUCUUGCUGGGCAUUUAGUAGGCUUCAUUUUGGUGGGAAGAGUUUUUAGGAAAGCUUUUAGGAUCUUAGGAUUAGGUGAAAGGAAAGGUAGGUGGGUAAUGGAACAAGAUUUUCAUGGAGAUCUUCAGGUCCUCGUCACGUGGUUUUUUGCUUCUUUCUCCGGUGUCCUUGACUGAAUUGUGCUCAUUCUGGUAUGGUUUGAAAGAUCUCUUCACUCUACACACGUGUGCGAAGAAAGUUGUCCUUGACCGUUAAAACUGAUGACGUCACAAAGGGUAGAAAGGACCUGGAUCCGCACGGGCGGUUACGGGCGGUUCAGGGGCGAAUGGGUUAAUUAAGGACAGACCCUCAGAAUAAUUAAGAGGCGGGAGGAACGGGAGGGCAGGCAAAGUACAUGUUUAUGGCUACCAAAAAAAUAAUAUUAAUGCAAGGGAAAAUUAACCAAGGAUGAAGGAAAAUGUUAACAAAAAAUAUUUAUGCUGGUCGAAAUGCCCCCACCCCAGCCAUAACUUUCCUAAUGUUCCACCUCUGAGAAACAAUAUUGUUUUUUGUAUUCUUACCCCAUCACAAAAUAAAAUUUUAAAAAACAAUGGCUUGUUAAUGAGCUGGGACCCAGGGAAGGGAUGUCACUAAGAUUUCAAGUAGGCGGGGAAUAAAACAGCUAGGGAUUUCUUUUAGUGCUAUGCCACAUUCAUAGUAACAGGCUUACCAAUUCUAUUGUUAUAAAGAGGCAAUUAGUUUUUGAUAACCCUUUUAAACUGUUUGAAUGUUUGUUUUAGACCAAUGUGUACCUCUCUGCUCAAAAAAAGAAGAUUCGCCCCUUUGAAGGAUUCAGCCGAAAAGCAAUUGUAUGCAUUCCCACUCAAGAGGAGCUUCGAAAAAGAACAGAGGAUAGAAAGAAAGAAGGCAUUGAACUGCCUGAAAAUGCUGUCAGUGACAUGAAAAGUAUGAUGUUUCUCACUUUGUUUUGGACAUGUUAAACAUGUAGUAAUUCCCAACUGGAAGAAGUAGCAAAUUAGAGCAGUGUAUCAAUAUUAUGUUGUAAUGAAUGGAGAUUUAUUGUCUACGUUAUUACCCAUCGUGUCAUCUACAAACCUUUAAUUUAGUAGUUUGAAUUUCAUUUAUGCAUGUUUUUUUUUAAUUCUUAUUUUCUAAAUUUUCUUUUCUACCCUUUUAUUCCAGUGAGUUUCACCCUUCCCAAAGUUGGAGAAUUCUUUGAUGAAGUUGUCUAUGCUGACCAGCCUGAGAGCAAAGCUAAAACCAUUGUUGAUGAAUACAUCAAAGAAGGUCGUAGCUACAGAAGUCGCUCAGGUUCAGGCUCUGAACCCCCUUUCAAACGCUCAAGAUUUGAAGACAGGUCUCCACGCCAUGGAGGUUACUCCAGGGACAGAAGUUAUGGUGAUCAUGGUGGAUACAGACGAGGUGGAGGAGGCGGCGGCGGCGGUGGGUCCUACCAACGGUUUGGUGGUGGCCGUCCAUAUCAUGGAGGAGGAGGAGGUGGUUACCGUGGUGGUCGUGGAGGAGGAUAUCAUGAUCGACGAGAUCAUCGAGGUGGAGGAAGAGGUAUAAUACAUGUAAUUCUGCAAUGAGUAGUAUGGCCAAUCUUGUUUUGGUCUAUUUGUAAGCAAGGCGGAGCCUUCACUUUCUUCCUCCCAAUUGUCCCUAUAAUCACAAGAAAAAUACUAAACAAAAUACGCACUAAAACAUAACAGUUUUUAGAACUGCAGCAAGCGCUAAGUGAACAUUUAUAUAUAUAUUUUUUUUCCUGGUGGCCAUUUGGUUACUGUACAUGUACAUUUAGAGUGCGUUAUAGGAAAAGCUUGGUUUCUGCUUUUGUUAAGGUUUCUCUGGAUCUCUUUCUGAUAACUUUUCAGCCUGGAAAAAAUAAUGGAUUCUUGUAUUGGAAAAAAGAAGAAGACAGUCUUGAAUUUUAUAUCCAACAUCUCUAUGAAACCUGAUUUAGAGCAUGUUAGAGAAUACGUGACCGUUUUGGUAUCAUUUGCUGGAAAGGUAAUUGGUUGGAAAAGUAAAUGGAACACUGCCUUUUGAGUUGUUCUAGUGAAUAAUAGUGCUGUUUUCCCCUGUGGAAUGUUCCAAAUUUGAAAUUUGAAAUUAUUUUGUUUUCUGUUAAUUUUUUCAAAAAUAUCCUUGACACCAAGCUUGUGCAAGAAAAAUUAACCAGUCCUAAUUUUUGUUUAUCAUUAUUUUACCAAACCAUGUACUGACCAUAGCAGUUUGCCCAUGUAAAUUUGCAAAAGUGACUGGAGUGUUAAAUAGAGAAUUUGUGGUAAUUGGUAUCAACACAAGUUUUUCUUUUUUUCCUUAGGGGGUUAUGGUGGUGGAGGUUAUGGUGGCAGUGGUGGUUAUCGUCAGCAUCAAUCUUCGUACCGUCAAAAUCAGUCAUAUCAACAGCACAAGCCACGUAACCAACAGAACUACAACCAGCACAGCUACAAUCAGCACCAACAAACAGGAUUUCAGUCAAAUUACAACCAACAGCAGCAACAGCAACAGUAUGGUACUGGGGCAUACAACCAAUACUACAGCUACAACCAGGGAUACCAGGCAGCCACAGGUUACCAACAAACAGGCUAUCAACAACAAGCAUAUGGCCAAACAGCACAGCAGGGUCAGCAACAGCCUCAAUACCAGAAUUACCAGAGCUAUUACGCUGGAUAUCAACAGCCACAGCAGCAAACAGGAUUCGGUGGUUAUGGGGGCACUGGGUAUUAG